GCUAAAAGACGCAAAGGAGAGAAAAGGGUUUGGGGGUGUAUACUCACUCCUGUAGGGAUAUCUCUAUCCGUCUUUCCCAUUUAUUUAUUAAUUCAUUUAUGAUCAAUUAAUGCUGGUAAAUGAUGCUAAUUUUUUUUGUGUGUGUUUCUCAUUGGCCACUGAGCUAGCCACAGUUGUUUUGCUUCUAUUCCCUCAAUUCUCUCUCCCUCUCUGUAAUUUUCUGCCUCUCUCCUGGAAUUUUUAGGACACCCAUUUCUCCAAACAAAAAUCUCUUUGCUUUUCGUCUAUUGCUUUGUUUUAUUGGUUAGUUUUGUUUGUCUUCCCCAAGUGCAUCUCUCUCUCUCUCUCUCUCUCUCUCUCUCUCUAACUCUGGAGUCGUCUUCUAUAACUUCAUGUAACAAAAAUAAUCUGUUCUUUUCUAUGGGUUGAUUAUCUUCGGAGCAGAAGGGAAGUAGCCGCGACCAUUGCCUUUGAAUCUGGCCGAAGGAGUAUUCUAACAGUACCAUUCACCGUUCGUUUGAAGUCUUGGAUUGAAGACCAUGUCUCAGACCAACUGGGAAGCUGAUAAAAUGUUAGAUGUGUACAUCCAUGAUUAUUUAGUGAAGAGGGACUUGAAGGCUUCUGCUCAGGCAUUUCAAGCUGAAGGAAAAGUAUCUUCAGACCCUGUUGCUAUCGAUGCUCCUGGUGGUUUUCUUUUUGAAUGGUGGUCGGUUUUCUGGGAUAUAUUUAUUGCCAGGACUAAUGAAAAGCACUCAGAAGUUGCUGCAUCCUACAUUGAGACUCAGUUAAUUAAAGCAAGAGAGCAGCAGCAACAACAACAGCAACCCCAGCAGCCACAGCAUCAGCAGCAGCAGCAGCAGCAGCAGCAGCAGCAGCAGCAACUGCAGAUGCAGCAGCUAUUACUGCAAAGGCAUGCACAGCAGCAGCAGCAGCAGCAGCAGCAGCAGCAGCAGCAGCAGCAUCAGCAGCAGCAGCAACAGCAGCAGCAGCAGCAGCAGCAGCAGCAGCAACAGCAGCAGCAGCAGUCACAACAGCAGCAGCCGCAGCAGCGAAGAGAUGGUGCUCACCUCUUGAAUGGCACUGCCAACGGUCUUGUCGGGAAUGACCCUCUUUUGCGACAAAACCCUGGAACUGCUACUGCCUUGGCUGCAAAGAUGUAUGAGGAAAGAUUGAAACUGCCGCUCCAAAGGGAUUCUUUGGAUGAUGCAACUAUGAAGCAAAGAUUCAGUGAGAAUGUGGGCCAGCUUCUGGAUUCAAAUCAUGCUUCAAUAUUGAAGUCAGCUGCAGCCGCUGGCCAGCCUUCAGGGCAAGUGCUGCAUGGUACAGCCAGUGGUAUGUCUCCACAAGUUCAAGCUCGAAAUCAGCAACUUCCAGGGUCCACGCAGGACAUAAAAACAGAGAUGAAUCCAGUGCUGAACCCCAGAGCUGCGGGUCCUGAAGGGCCAUUGAUAGGAAUUCCUGGAUCAAAUCAAGCUGGUAACAAUUUACCUUUGAAAGGAUGGCCACUUACUGGGCUGGAGCCGCUCCGUUCUGGGUUUCUUCAGCAGCAAAAACCUUUCAUACAGUCUCCCCAGCCGUUUCAUCAGCUUCAAAUGUUGUCGCCGCAACACCAACAACAGCUAUUGCUUGCUCAACAAAAUUUGACUUCAUCAUCUGCUAAUGAUCUUGAAAGCAGAAAAGUUAGAAUGCUUUUAAAUAAUCGAAAUAUUGGAUUGGGGAAGGAUGGCCUUUCAAGUUCUGCUGGUGAUGUGGUUUCAAAUAUUGGUUCACCUCUGCAAGCUGGUGUUCCCAACCUGCCUCGUGGAGAUGCAGAGAUACUGCUCAAGCUAAAAAUGGCACAGAUGCAGCAGCAGCAGCAGCAGCAGCAGCUACAGAACAGUAAUCAACAGCAGCAACAACAGCUUCAGCAUCAUGCUCUUUCAAGUCAGCAAAUCCCGAAUUCGGCUCACAAUCUUCAUCAGCAAGAUAAAAUUGGGGCUGCUGGCAACAUCUCUGUGGAUGGUAGCAUGUCAAACUCCAUUCGAGGAAAUGAUCAGGCUUCAAAAAACCAGAAUGGCAGAAAGAGAAAGCAGCCUGUGUCAUCUUCAGGUCCUGCGAAUAGCUCAGGAACUGCAAAUACAGCUGGACCCUCCCCGAGUUCAGCGCCAUCAACACCCUCAACACAGACACCUGGAGAUGUGAUUUCAAUGCCUGCUCUGCCACAUAGUAGUAGUUCUUCAAAGCCAUUAAUUAUGUUUGGCACUGAUGGUACUGGAACUCUUACGUCACCAUCAAAUCAAUUGUGGGGUGAUAAGGAUCUUGAAUUGCAGGCUGAUAUGGAUCGUUUUGUAGAGGAUGGGUCUCUUGAUGAUAAUGUCGAGUCUUUUUUGUCCCAUGAUGAUACAGACCCUAGAGAUCCAGUUGGUCGUGGUAUGGAUGUGGGCAAAGAGUUUGCAUUUACGGAAAUCAAUUCUGUUCGAGCAAGUACAAGCAAAGUUAACUGUUGCCACUUCUCAUCAGAUGGAAAGUUGCUUGCAACUGGUGGCCAUGAUAAAAAAGCUGUAUUGUGGUAUGCUGAUUCUUUGAAACCAAAAACAGUGCUGGAAGAACAUUCAGCAUUGAUUACGGAUGUCCGUUUCAGUCCGAGCAUGCCACGUCUUGCAACAUCUUCUUUUGACAAAACUGUCCGGGUUUGGGAUGCUGACAAUUCCGGAUAUUCGCUUCGUAACUUUGUUGGACAUCCAGCCUCGGUCAUGUCUUUGGAUUUCCAUCCUAAUAAAGAAGACCUCAUCUGUUCUUGUGAUGGGGAUGGUGAGAUACGGUAUUGGAGCAUUAACAAUGGUAGCUGUACAAAAGUGUUUAAGGGUGGCAUGGCCCAAAUGAGAUUUCAACCACGCCUUGGAAGGUAUCUUGCUGCAGCUGCAGAGAAUGUUGUUUCCAUAUUGGAUUCAGAGACACAAGCAUGUCGACAUGCAUUACAGGGACAUACAAAACCAGUCCAUUCUGUGUGUUGGGCUCCGUCUGGUGAGUUUUUAGCAUCUGUCAGUGAGGACUCUGUCAGAGUCUGGAAACUUGGACCAGGGGGUGAAGGAGAGUGCAUUCACGAUUUGAGCUGUAAUGGAAACAAAUUUCACUCAUGUGUUUUCCAUCCUACAUAUUCUUCAUUGUUGGUCAUUGGCUGUUAUCAAUCUUUGGAGCUUUGGAACAUGACCGAGAACAAGACGAUGACACUUUCAGCGCAUGAAGGAUUGAUCGCCGCCUUGGCUGUAUCGACUGUGACAGGAUUGGUUGCUUCCGCCAGUCAUGAUAAGAUUGUUAAGCUCUGGAAGUAAUUCUAGAAUUUCAUGCCCCCACAAAAUGGCUGCUAAGGCUUUCUGAGGAAUUGGCUUUUCACUCUCUAUCAAGUGCUGCGUAUUUUGGGUUUUCUGUUGGCCCCUUCUGUUUUAAUUUUUGGAUUCAAACUUCGGCUUAUCUUCUUGUUACUACUGUUCUUGUCAUCUGUUGCUGGUACUGCUUGCUUGCUUUGUAUCCCAUGUACUUCGAACUCCCAAGUUGCUGCUCACCUUCUGUUGACCUUUUGUAGUGCUGCAAUGUUUUUAUAAAAUUAUAUGUUUCAGUUUUCUAUUGGCA